UUGAAGAGCUGAAAAGUAUACCUGCCAAGAGUGAAAAUAUCAUAAAUGAGACAACAACUAGGAACAAUUCUCUUGAGAAAGAAAGAGAGAAAGAAGAAAAAAAGUUAAAAGAAGUCAUGGACAGCCUUAAACAGGAAACACAGGGGCUUCAGAAAGAAAAGGAGAUUCAAGAAAAAGAACUUAUGGGUUUUAACAAAUCAGUAAAUGAAGCACGUUCGAAGAUGGAAGUCGCCCAGUCUGAACUUGAUAUCUAUCUCAGUCGACAUAAUACAGCAGUAUCUCAAUUAAAUAAGGCAAAGGAAGCUUUAAUUACAGCUUCUGAGACUCUCAAGGAAAGGAAAGCUGCAAUCAAGGAUAUAAACACAAACCUCCCUCAGACUCAACAAGAAUUAAAGGAGGUUUCAUCUUCUCACUUUUAGAAAGAAAAAGAACUUCAGAAAUUGACACAAGAAGAAAUAAACUUAAAAAAUUUGGUUCAUGAUCUUUUCCAAAAAGUUGAAGAAGCAAAGAGUUCCUUAGCAAUGAAUCGAAGUAGGGGCAAAGUACUGGAUGCAAUAAUUCAAGAAAAAAAAUCAGGGAGGAUCCCAGGAAUAUAUGGAAGAUUGGGAGACUUAGGAGCUAUUGAUGAAAAAUAUGACAUUGCUAUUUCAUCCUGUUGCCAUGCAUUGGACUACAUUGUUGUUGAUUCUAUUGAUACAGCCCAAGAAUGUGUAAACUUCCUUAAAAAACAUAAUAUUGGAGUUGCAACUUUCAUAGGUUUGGAUAAGAUGGCAGUGUGGGCCAAAAAAAUGAGCAAAAUUCAAACUCCUGAAAAUACUCCUCGGUUAUUUGAUUUAGUAAAAGUAAAAAAUGAGGAAAUCCGCCAGGCUUUUUACUUUGCUUUACGAGAUACCUUGGUGGCUAACAAUUUGGAUCAAGCUACAAGAGUGGCGUAUCAAAAAGACAGGCGAUGGAGAGUAGUAACUCUACAGGGCCAGAUCAUAGAACAGUCAGGUACAAUGACUGGUGGUGGAAGCAGAGUCAUGAAAGGAAGAAUGGGUUCUUCAGUUAUCGAUGAAAUCUCUGUAGAAGAGGUAAAUAAGAUGGAAUCCCAGUUGGAACGGCAUUCUAAACAAGCAAUGCAAAUCCAAGAACAGAAAGUACAACAUGAAGAAGCAGUAGUUAAGUUAAGGCAUAGUGAACGAGAAAUGAGAAAUACACUAGAAAAGUUCACUGCAAGCAUCCAGGGUUUAUCAGAACAAGAAGAAUAUUUAUGUGUACAGAUUAAAGAGCUGGAAGCUAAUGUGCUUACUACAGCCCCUGACAAAAAGCAGCAGAAAUUGCUCGAAGAAAAUGUUAAUGUUUUCAAAAAAGAAUAUGAUGCUGUGGCUAAGAAAGCUGGGAAAGUUGAAGCUGAGAUUAAACGGCUACACGAUACCAUCAUAGAUAUCAACAAUCGAAAACUCAAGGCCCAACAAAACAAACUUGACACAAUAAAUAAGCAGCUGGAUGAAUGUGCUUCUGCUAUUACCAAAGCCCAAGUCGCAAUCAAGACUGCUGAUAGAAAUCUUAAAAAGGCUCAGGAUUCUGUUUGCAACACAGAGAAAGAAAUAAAAGACACUGAAAAAGAAAUAAAUGACUUAAAAACAGAACUAAAAAAUAUUGAAGACAAUGCAGAAGAGGUCAUAAAAAACACAAAAACUGCAGAGAUGUCCUUACCAGAAAUCCAGAAAGAACAUCGUAAUCUACUUCAGGAACUAAAAGUUAUUCAAGAAAAUGAACAUGUUCUUCAGAAAGAUGCACUUAGUAUUAAGUUAAAACUUGAGCAGAUAGAUGGCCACAUUUCUGAACAUAACUCAAAAAUAAAAUACUGGCAAAAAGAGAUUUCAAAAAUAAAAUUGCAUCCCAUUGAAGAUAAACCUGUUGAGACAGUAUCAGUUCUAAGCCAAGAGGACCUUGAGGCAAUCAAGAAUCCAGAUUCUAUAACAAGUCAAAUUGCACUUUUGGAAGCUCAGUGUCGUGAAAUGAAACCAAACCUUGGUGCCGUCGCUGAGUAUAAAAAAAAGGAAGACUUAUAUUUGCAAAGAGUAGCUGAACUGGACAAAAUUACUUCUGAAAGAGAUAAUUUUAGACAAGCAUAUGAAGAUCUUCGAAAACAAAGGCUGAAUGAAUUCAUGGCUGGUUUUUAUGUAAUAACAAAUAAACUAAAAGAAAACUACCAGAUGCUCACUUUGGGAGGGGAUGCUGAACUGGAGCUUGUGGAUAGUUUAGAUCCUUUUUCUGAAGGAAUCAUGUUCAGUGUUCGGCCACCUAAGAAAAGUUGGAAGAAGAUCUUUAACCUUUCAGGAGGUGAAAAAACCCUUAGUUCGUUGGCCUUAGUGUUUGCUCUUCACCACUACAAGCCCACUCCCCUCUACUUCAUGGAUGAGAUUGAUGCAGCUCUGGAUUUUAAAAAUGUGUCUAUUGUUGCAUUUUACAUAUAUGAGCAAACAAAAAAUGCCCAGUUCAUAAUAAUCUCUCUUCGAAAUAAUAUGUUUGAGAUUUCAGAUAGACUUAUUGGCAUCUAUAAAACAUACAAUAUUACAAAAAGUGUUGCAGUGAACCCAAAAGAAAUUGCAUCUAAAGGACUCUGUUGAAAUUGUUCAUACUGAAAAUUUUCAAAUUUACUUGGAUUUGGUGUUUCUGGUUUUGUCUGUAAAAGAUUGUAAAAAGAUUAUAAGUUGUAUAAAUAAUUUUUUUCUAAAUUGUA